GAAAAAAUCAAUAAAUGAUUCAACGUUUUAUGGCAUCUCCUGGGAAUCCAAAUCAACAGCCACAGCAUCAUCAUCAGCAACAAACAAGUCAAUUUGAUUUGCAACAUCUUUUCAAGCCUUCAUCUAAUCCUCCUCCUUUUCCUUCCAAUCCCCCAAUCUUAAACUCUUCUCCUUCAUUCCUGCACUCUUCUUCCUCCUCCUCCUCCCCUCCUUCCUCUUCUUAUCAUACGCCUUCUUCUUCUUCUUAUCCUCCACCCACUGGUAUAUACCCGUAUAAUCCUCACUAUCUUCCUUACCAAACGCAUCUCCAGCAGCAACAGCAGCCCCAAGAACAACCUCGUAUUCUUCCUCAUCUUCUCCAAAUGCAUGUUCCACCUAGACCCAUGUUUCAAUCGCCUUCUCCUUCAUCAUCCCCGCUAAUUCCUUCAUCUCCGAAUCCUAGUAAUAACUCCAGUGGGGCCCGCUUGAUGGCUCUCUUUGGCACACAACAAAACCCUUCUCCUUCAAAUCCUGAACCCACUCAAUCCUCCUCUGUUCCGACAGUUUCUGAAUUUGCAAUACCUGCAAAUCCGACACUCUUGCCUUCCAGCCCUUCGGCUCCAACGAGGAUGCUCAGCAGCAAACUUCCUAAAGGACGUCAUUUGAUAGGAGACAAUGUUGUCUACGACAUUGAUGUUCGGUUGCCAGGAGAGGUUCAACCUCAGCUUGAGGUCACUCCUAUCACUAAGUAUGCCUCUGAUCCCGGGCUUGUGCUUGGCCGUCAAAUUGCAGUGAAUAGAUCUUAUAUAUGCUAUGGACUGAAACUUGGUGCAAUCCGGGUCCUUAAUAUUAAUACUGCACUAAGAUAUUUGCUCCGGGGUCACACCCAGAGAGUAACAGAUAUGGCUUUCUUUGCCGAGGACCUUCACCUUCUGGCCAGUGCUAGCACUGAUGGGAGAAUUUUCGUAUGGAAGAUCAAUGAGGGUCCUGAUGAGGAAGACAAACCUCAAAUUACUGGAAAAGUCAUCAUAGCCCUUCAAAUAUCAGGAGUUGGUGAAUCAGUUCAUCCACGAGUGUGCUGGCAUCCCCACAAACAAGAGAUUCUAAUGGUUGCUAUUGGAAACCGCAUCCUUAAAAUUGACACCAUGAAAGUUGGAAAAGGUGAAAGUUUUUCAGCAGAGGAGCCUCUUAAAUGUUCCAUUGAUAAGUUGAUUGAUGGGGUGCAACUUGUUGGUAAACAUGAUGGCGAUGUCACUGAGUUGUCAAUGUGCCAAUGGAUGAAAAGUCGGUUAGCUUCAGCAUCAACUGAUGGCACGGUAAAGAUAUGGGAAGAACGCAAGGCAUCACCACUUGCUGUUUUAAGGCCUCAUGAUGGCAAUCCUGUUAAUUCUGUGACAUUCUUGACUGCUCCUCACCGCCCUGAUCACAUUGUCCUUAUCACAGCGGGGCCACUAAAUCGGGAAGUGAAGAUAUGGGUCUCUGACAAUGACGAGGGCUGGUUAUUGCCUAGUGACUCUGAGUCAUGGAACUGUAUCCAGACUCUGGAUAUAAAAAGUUCUUCUGAAGCCAACCCCGAGGAUGCUUUCUUUAAUCAAGUUGUAGCAUUGAACCGUGCUGGUCUAUUUCUGCUUGCUAAUUCCAAAAAAAAUACAAUAUAUGCUGUACACAUAGAAUAUGGACUUAAUCCAACUGCUACUCGCAUGGAUUACAUUGCUGAGUUCACAGUCACAAUGCCUAUAUUAAGUCUUACUGGAACCAGUGAUUCUUUACCAGAUGGAGAACAUAUUGUACAAAUUUAUUGCGUCCAGACACAAGCUAUUCAACAGUAUGCACUUAAUUUGUCUCAAUGUUUACCUCCGCCUUUGGACAACAUUGAACUCGAGAAAACAGCACCCAAUAGAUCUCGUGCCUUUGAUGGAUCUAAUAUAGAAGUUGGAAAUAUGCCUCAAGUUCAUUCUAGCAACUCUGAAGCUGGCCCCAUUCACAGUCUCCCUGUCAGUUUGCCUUCUUCUGAUAUUUCUGGUUCGCCAGAAGGUUCUGCUUCAGGCACAGAAACAAAGCCACGUGAUGUGCCUUCUCAUAAUGGCACUGAACAUAUCAGUACUGCUUCACCUCCUCUUCCUUUGAGCCCAAGAUUGUCACGAAAGUUAUCCGAUUUCAAAAGUCCAUCAAAUAAUAUAGAGACUACUUCAUUAAGCGCUGAUCACAGUAGUGAGCAGACAUACCUUGAUUGUUCAGUUGAGCAGAGAGUGGAGUCUGAAAAAGAUGGUAUGCGUGAUGUGCCUGCAUCAGUUGACAGUUUAAGGAAGAAUGAUAAAGAAAAUGAAGCCUCUAUGGCUUCCAAUACUUCUACAAUGUUCAAACACCCAACCCAUUUGGUAACCCCGUCUGAGAUAUUCUCUACAGCUCCUUUAUCUUCAGAGAAUUCUCAUACCUCUCAAGGCAUUAAUGUAGCCGAAGCAAAGGUUCAAGAUGUUGCCGAUAGUGAUGCAGUAAAUGCUGAACUAGAGGUCAAGGUUGUAGGUGAGACAAAUUCUAAUCAAGAAAAAACCGAGUCUGAUAGAGAGAGAGAUGCUCACACUACCAUUGCUGAGAAAAAAGAGAAGUUAUUCUAUUCUCAGGCGUCUGACCUGGGCAUUCAAAUGGCCAGAGAAACUUGUAGCAUUGAGGGAGUUCACCAGACAGGUGAAAUGAAUAAUAAUGACGCACCUGAUCGAACUUGCAACCCUGCUAAGGGAGAAAGUCAGGAUAUGAGUAAGGUUGUAACUGCCAGCCUCAGUGAAUCAGAAACCACUGUUGCUGCUUCACAAUCUCCAGCACCAUCUGCGAAAGGUGGCAAUUCAGAAGGCUCUACCAUGGAAGCUGUUUUGCCCCAAUUAUCAACUAUGCAGGAGAUGCUAGGCCAGUUAAUAAGCAUGCAAAAAGAAAUGCAAAAACAGAUGAAUGUGAUGGUUUCUGUCCCAAUUACCAAGGAAGGCAAAAGAUUAGAAGGAUCCUUCGGUAGGAACAUGGAGAGAGUUGUCAAGGCUAACUCUGAUGCUCUAUGGGCUCGAUUGCUAGAAGAAAAUGCAAAGCAAGAGAAGUUAGAGCAGGAUCGUGCUCAGCAAAUAACGAAUUUGAUCUCCAAUUAUGUAAACAAGGAUUUAUCCGCUCAAUUGGAGAAAACUAUUAAGAAGGAGAUAUCUUCAAUUGGAACAACUGUUGCUCGUUCAAUCACUCAAAUCAUAGAGAAGACAAUAUCAUCAACUGUUAUGGACUCAUUCCAGAAGGGAGUGGGGGACAGGGCACUGAACCAACUGGAAAAAUCAGUAAGUUCAAAACUUGAAGCUACAGUGGCUAGGCAGAUACAAGCACAGUUCCAAACUUCUGGCAAGCUAGCUCUUCAGGAAGCACUCAAGUCUAGUCUGGAAGCUUCAAUGAUUCCUGCAUUUGAGAUGUCAUGCAAAGCUAUGUUUGAGCAAAUUGAUGUGGCAUUUCAGAACGGAAUUGUAAAGCACACUACUGCUAUUCAACAGCAGUACGAUUCUACUCAUUCUCCUCUAGUCAUGAGUUUAAGGGAUACAAUUAAUUCAGCAUCUUCAAUUACUCAAACCUUGAGUGGACAAUUGGCUGAUGGCCUACAUAAACUAUCAGAAAUUGCAGCUACCUCCAAAGUGGCAGAUUCCUCAGUAACGCAAAUCAGCAAUGGUUUGCACGAGAUUGCCGAGGAUCCAACCAAAGAACUAUCAAGGUUGAUAAGUGAAAGAAAAUUUGAGGAAGCAUUCACUGGUGCCCUUCUAAGAAGUGAUGUUUCAAUAGUUUCUUGGUUGUGCUCUCAGGUUGAUUUGGCUGGUAUAUUGUCGAUGGGGCCACUGCCAUUAAGCCAAGGAGUUAUUCUGUCUCUUCUCCAGCAACUAUCAUGUGACCUCAAUGCUGAGUCACCCAGAAAAUUGGCAUGGAUGACCGAUGUGGCUGCUGCAAUAAACCCGGCAGAUCCUUCAAUCGCGGUGCACGUUAGGCCAAUAUUGGAGCAAGUGUAUCAGAUUCUGGGCCAUCAUCGGGCGCUACCAACUACUUCCUCAUCAGAAGCAAGCGCAAUUCGCCUGCUUAUGCAUGUCAUCAAUUCGGUGUUAUUGAGCUGUAAAUGAACUUCACUUUGUAUUUUAUUACCUGUGCAGAAAAUGGAAGUCUCAACUUUGGUCUGUAUAGAAAUCUAGAUAGUUCAGUGGACAAGGUGAACUAUUUAUGUAGCUAGCUGUCUUGUACAAUUGAUUAUUUGUGUGAAAUAGCCUCAUUUCUGUCUGUUGUAUUGUACUUUACAUCUGAGAUAUAGUCCUCAUCAAAUUGAAUCUCUUGCAUUUUUGUUACCAAAAGGCCCACUUGGUAUAUCUGAAAGGGACUAGAGGGAUUAGAAAAGGAAUCAUGCAGAGGGCUUGCAUGGAACAAUGUAAUCCUUCAUUUAUGGUAAUGUACUGAUGGAAUUGAGAGCAUUUUCAAUAAUGUGGACUAAAUUUUAUUCAAA